AUGGAACCUGUGGACAACAACAUAUUCGAAGUAAAAGCUAAUUUGAAAAACAAAAGAAAAAGAAUUGUUCCAAAUUCCAACAUUUUUCUGAACCCUGCCUUAGAUCUACUCGCUAACGAAGACCCUAUGUGCAACAAUGCAAUGGAAAUAACACCUGGGAAGCGUCGUAAGAGAACUAAAAGCUGUGAUAUUGUUGCCUUCGAAAAUACCGCUUUGGAUUUAGGUAUCAGUAAGACAGCUGUUAACGAAUUUUUAAUACGGGAGCUAGAAAAUGUCCGUAAAAACGUCAGGACUUAUGAAAGUCCAGUAAAAUUAAACAAUGAAAAUCCCAUACCAUGCACUAGUGAACCUUUAUACGCUAAUAUGACUGAAAUAACAACACAACAAACAACAGAUCCAAUAAACACAACGAGCAAUAUAUUUGAAAUACAAAAUGGCACGGAUUCCAGUCUAAGUACUGCUGAAUCUGAUUCCGGUAUAUCGAUAAUUGAACAAAGAUCUUUAAAUGCAGUCACAACAGAUCUAGAUGCAGAUUUAUCUAUCAAUAAUGUAACAAAUAUACAAAGCAAUGUUACAAAUCAAAUAUUUGUUAAUAACACUAGCAAUUUAAACUUAAGCUUUAUUGAUCGACUUGCAUUAAAUUCACCAUCCGAUCCUAACCAGUCACUAUAUUUAGAUGAUGAUUUAAACGAAAGUAAUAUAAUGGAAAUCAAAACUAUAACAAUAGUUACAAAAAAGAAACGACUACCAAAGAAAUGUACAAAUCCAUUUUUAGAUCCUAAUUUGAAUACAAACAUUGAAACGAAUAUAGACAAUCCGUUUACAUUCAACGAUGAAUCAAAAUCUGAAAUGGAAUAUAACAUAGAAGCUAUCAACAGACCAGUAACAAAUGCUGUACUAAUUAGAAAUAUAAUCCCACGUACAUUAUUUACUGGUGAUACAAACAGUACUAUAUCUACUGUCAAUGAAUCCGUUACAAAUACAGAUACAAACGAAUACGAGAACAUAGAUAGUUAUAGAGCAGACAGUCCUAUUUAUGAAAAUAUAGAAGACGCAACCAAUAGUGCUUAUAAUUAUAACAAACAAAGUAAAAUAUUAGGUCACGAUGUAUCAAGAUUUAGUGCGGUAGACAUUUUGAAUCUAAACAAGAAUAACGAUGUUAACUUUUCAACUGAUUCAAAUGAUAGUAAGAAAGAUUCAAAGAAUAUAUUCAAAAUUAACAAACUAUCAAAAAAAGUAAUGAAAACAUUAAAGAAGACAUUCAAAAGCGAAAAAGUGGAACAUAAUACUACUUUAAAUCCUUACGAAGUACCAAGAAAACCAACAAAACUAAAAACUCCAAUAAAAGAAUCAGGAAUCGAAAAUCCCGGAUUGAAUCUGGAUAAUUCUGAUGAAAUAGAAAUUGAAGAAAUUGAAGAGGAUAAUCAAUAUGAAACUAUAAAAACAAUAAGAAAUACAAGAUUGAAUAUGAAUGUAACUCCUCUUAAAGAACGUAAUGAUAUAGCAAAUGUAUCUAAUACAAAACCAAAUACACCAGGAAAGAAAGUUAGAUUUGAUUCAACAUUGAACCGUGAGAAGAUAAUUACAGGUGACAGCUUCGAAGUACAGAGUCCAGGAUUGGACGCUAAAAUUGAUAAUUAUCAUGAUGAAUUAGAAAACUGUAUUAAUGAGAAAAAGUUUCUACAACAAAAUAUGUGAGAAAAAUGACUGCGUCACCAAUAAGAAAUACAUAAUCUU